AUGGCUUCAAAUUGUUUCCCUCAGCACAAUAGAAAUCCAAAUAAAACCAAUGUGCCAGUUCAAUUUGAAAGCAAAUCCUCACAAGAUCUUUUCUCUCUUCCUCAGUUAUAUGAAAUUCAACAUAAAAAAAAGAAAGAAAGAAGAACCACCAUCAAAGAACAUCUUGACAAUGAUACAAAGAGUGUACAAAUGAUGCAUGUAUCUGCUUGAAAAGUCAUGGCUCAGAUUGAGUGGCCUUGGCAAUAUGGAUUUCCUCCAUUUUUUACAAUUCAGCCAAAUGCGGAGACUUGUGCUAGACAAAUAGCAGCGUGGCGUGCUCUGAUUCUGGAGUAUCAUGCAGUGCAGAAGCAAGGUGUAUUGGAUGUUCGUGAAGCACAGAGGAGUCCACUGUUUAAUAAUUCAGCAAUAAACAGAACACUGCCUCAAGAGGGAAUUGUUAAAAUACUGGAGGAUUUAGCAAGAACUGGCAAUGCUGAACCUCAGGAUAAAACCAAAACACGAUGGUUUAUCUAUUGGCAUACAUUGGAUGAAUGGGGGGAAAUAAUUUAUGCAUGGGCCCAAAACAAUGGAUUUAUGAAUACUGUAUGUACUUUAUAUGAAUUAACUGCAGGAGAUAACACAGCUGAAGAAGAGUUUUAUGGUUUAGACUCUGAAAUACUAAUUAAAGCUUUGCGAACUCUUGAACAGAAGAAAAAAGCAGAAUUAAUUUUCUUUGAUGAUAAUCAAGGCGUGAAAUUUUUCUAAGUGAUUUUGCUUUUAUAAAGUGGUGAACAUAUAUUACUAGAUUGGCGGAGUUGUUGGGAUGAAAUAUAUGUGAAAAUGUACAUUAUUAUUCUUAACUAAUAUAUUGUAUCAAUGUAAGUUGUUGUAAAAACACUUUACCUCUUUUAUAUUUUUUGAUUUUUUUAUAAUUUUUAUAUAUGUUCCCUUCUCUUUUUAGCACGAGCUUAUUUCAAGUUUUGCUUGACUUGCUUCCUGGCUGGCAUUUAUUGGUUCUAGAAGGCCCUGCAAGGGUCUCUCGCUAUCACUAUCACUCCUCUUGAGUACCUUUCCCAGGGACCUUCGUUCCAUCAACCCUUUCCAUUAUAAUAUUUGGCACAUGGUGAAAGGAGCUUAAGUCAAAAAUAUUACUUCUAGGAAAGAAAAAUGAAAAUUCAAAAUCUAAAAACUCAAAAUUUUUAUUAUUUUUAAAGGUAAUAAUACACUACUACAUUUUUAAUGCACUUAAUUGAUGGCCCAAUUUUUCAUUGUCUUUUAUGUUUCCUUGUUGCCCUUUUCAUCCCUAAAUAACUUAGGUUCCACAAUAUGACUGGGUAAACUCUUUAACUUGUUUUAAAUUUAAAAUAUGUCUUAAAUUUAUUUAGCCAAAAUUACAAAAUUCUCACAUGGUGAUAUGAAUGUCAUAGAAAAUUGAACAAAAAGGCAAAUAAAUUUAGUUAUACCAGGGCACACUCUGGAAAAACUCUAAAAGUCACGGAAUUUCAUUAAUCUGGAAAAGUCUGGAAAUUUUGUUAAAAAUGAGGGUUUUUUGAUUAUUUUUACUAUAUUUUUUUCUUUAUAGAAUUUUUCUAUAUAUAAUUUUUCUAUA